UCGACAUCGCCAUCGCAUCUUCCAACCACAUUCGAACGUAUAGAGUCUAGCGAUUCCGUCAUGGCGGUUCCCAAGAAAGCGUUACUCCUGUCUUCGGUAGCGAUAACCUGGUUUACGCUGAGAUAUGCGCCGCAUCUGACCGUGUCGACGUCGUUUGCGUGGAAUGUAGCCGCCCUCUUCGCAGCGCAGAUGUUGGCGGGGUUUGCUUGGGGGGUUAUUGUGUAUCCGUUAUUUCUGACGCCGUUGAGGCAUCUGCCGCAACCAAAGGGGGCUAAUCUCCUUUUGGGCCAUUUCCCGCGCAUCUUUAAAGAAGCUACGGGGGAUCCGCAGCGCGAUUGGAUUGAGAGCGUACCGAAUGACGGGGUCUUGUAUUAUCGGUGGUUUUUCAAUGAGCCUAGAGUUCUGGUUACGAGUCCCAAGGCGUUGGCUGAGGUGUUGGUGCAGAGGAGUUAUGAGUUUGUCAAGCCCGAGAACGUGAGGUCUGGGUUGGGGAGAUUGCUCGGUGUUGGGAUUCUCCUGGCUGAGGGGAACGAGCAUAAGCGUCAACGGAGAGCACUGAUGCCCGCUUUUUCAUUCAGACACAUCAAGGACUUGUACCCUGUAUUCUGGGCCAAAUCAACCGAAAUGACCGACUCCAUCGCAAAAGCCAUCCAAACCGACCCAAGCGGCUCCAAUGUCGUGGAAAUCCGGGACUGGGCAUCACGCGCGACCCUAGACAUCAUCGGCAUCGCAGGCAUGGGACAAGACUUCAACGCCCUCCAGGACCCAACCAGCGAGCUAAACGAAACCUACCGCACCAUCUUCAACCCAGGAGCAGGAGCCCGCCUUCUCCAAGUCGUAGCAAUCCUCCUCCCCCAAUGGUUCCUCCGCAUUCUCCCUCUGAAACGCAACACGGAAAUGCAAGACGCCAUCGCAACCAUCCGCCGCGUCUCACACUCGCUCAUCCAAACCAAACGCGCCAAACUCGAAAAAGGCAGCAGAACCGACGUCGACAUCCUUUCCGUGGCCAUCGAAUCCGGCGGUUUCACAGACGAAGACCUCAUCAACCAACUCAUGACCUUCCUAGCCGCGGGCCACGAAACCACCGCGUCCUCCAUGACAUGGACCACCUACCUCCUCUGCAAGCACCCGUCCGCGCAGCGCAAACUCCGCGAGGAGCUCCUGCAGAACCUCCCCACCCUCUCCGACCCCUCGGUCCCCUUGUCAUCCACAGACAUCGACCGCCUCCCCUACCUCAACGCCGUCCUCAACGAAAGCUCCCGCGUCUUCCCCCCGGUCCCCCUCACCCUCCGCGAAGCGGAUAAAGACACCACCAUCCAAUCCCACUUCAUCCCAAAAGGCACCACCGUCGUCAUCUGCCCCUGGGCCGUCAACACCUCCACCGCCCUCUGGGGCCCGGACGCCCACGAGUUCAAGCCCGAGCGCUGGCUCGGCGCCGGUAAAGCGAAUACCGGCGGCGCGGAGAGCAAUUACGCAAUCACUACUUUCUUGCACGGGCCCAGGAGUUGCAUUGGCAAGGAUUUUGCCAAAGCGGAGUUUGCGUGCUUGAUGGCGGCGCUGAUUGGACGGUUCGAGGUCGAGAUGGAGGAUCCGGGGUGGGAGUUGCAGAUUCAGGGUGGGAUCACGGCGAAGCCCAAGGGCGGGUUGAGGGUUAAGGUUACGCCUGUUGGAGGGGGGAGUUUGUGAUUCUUUUUUGUUCUUUACUUUCUUGUUCUUGUUAUGCUUGUUUUUCUUUUGGGCUU